UUUGCUUGUUCCGGUUCCUGCAUAAUUACUUCAUCAACUUCUCCGGCCGAUUUCCUGCUUGGCCAACUUAGUACAAUACAGCCUGCCAAACCCAUGAUGGGCUCGUGGGGCACCUGGCUCCCCACCAGAUCUGAGCCGGGGCGAGCUACGUAUUUGGCCUAAUCGCCAGGCGCACAACGCAGGCACGCGUUCUCUCCCUGACCACAUGCUCGCUUUAAAGUAGGUGGUAGUGGUAGGCAUACUACACAGCUUCCCGAGCUUUCCGGUCCGAACCUGCCUUUUCUAUUUCAUCCCUCCCCAUCUCCUACCGGCUUUCAGAUGAAAAAAAGCCCUAUAACGCACCGUACCGUACCGCAUAUCCACGAUCCACGCCGACGACGCCAAUGUCAACCGAACCACUCAUGGGCACUCCCUCUCCCUCCUCCUCCUUCGAUGCGAGGCCCGGGCCCGAGUUUACCCUCAGCCUGGGGAAACAGCUUUCGCUGAGUAUCGGAGCAGAAGCACUACAUAUCCAAGAUACCCACAUUCCGAAAUCCGCGUCGCGGUCAUGCUGCGGAUUCGCCGGCACCUCCGACCUCGCGAAUAGUGUGACGAUACCGCUUUACAACCUGCUGUGGGUUGACGUCGGCGAUGCUUCGGUCACGAUAAAGUUUGCGGCGGAGACGUCGAAGUCGAGGGUGAAGGCCAGCAGCCUUACGUACCCGUACGAUCUACCGGCUCGCUCGGCGGUCGAGGCGUGGACGGAGAGGGUGCUGGGCGCGGCGUACGGCACAUUGAUACAACGGCCACGAUACAAGGUCCUGAUAAAUCCCUUCGGCGGCCAGGGCAAUGCAGCACGGCUGUUCGAGACGGCGUGUAGGCCGAUUUUGGAGGCGGCGAAUUGUUCUCUCGAUGUUCAGACCACGGAAUGGACCGGACAUGCGGUCGAUAUCGCGCGCGAGAUUGAUAUCGAGGCUUACGAUGCGAUACUUUGUUGUUCUGGCGAUGGUGUUCCGCAUGAAGUUUUUAAUGGGUUGGCGAAGAGGGAUGAUGCUAUGAAGGCGCUGAAGACUAUCGCCGUGGGUCAGCUACCUGGAGGUUCUGGAAAUGCCAUGUGCUGGAAUCUCACAGGAACGGGAGACCCGUCUGCGGCAACAUUAUCGAUCAUCAAAUCCUCACGGAAGUCCAUGGACCUUGUUUCGAUCAGUCAGGGAGAUCAGCGGUUCCUCUCUUUCCUGUCACAAUCGUUUGGAAUCAUCGCCGAGGUGGAUCUUGGGACGGAGGACUUGCGAUGGAUGGGCGGUGCGCGAUUCACUUACGGUCUGAUGCAACGAAUAUGGAGGCAAACAGUAUACCCAUGCGACCUAGCGGUGAAGAUCGCGAUCGAUGAUAAAGACACGAUCCGGGAACAUUACCGGCAACACGAGGCGCAAGGGGUUCUCCAUGGCGAGACGGGGCUUCCCGAGUUGCGGUUCGGCACAGUCAAUUCCGAGUUGCCGGACGAUUGGGAACUCAUCCACCAGCCGAAUAUGGGGAACUUCUACGCUGGGAAUAUGUCCUGGAUGUCGGCCGGCGCGAAUUUCUUCCCCGCAUCGCUGCCGAACGACGGGAUGUUUGAUCUCGUCUGCGUGGCCGGCAAUAUCAGCCGUCGGCAAGCUUUGAAGAUGCUUGUUUCCGUUGAGACCGGAGAACAUUUCGAACUGCCACACGUGUCCUACCGAAAGAUACUAGGCUACCGGAUCAUUCCACACAAGCGCCCUGGCGUGACAGAGGAGUAUAUCAGUAUAGAUGGGGAGCGCAUUCCGUUCGAACCGUUUCAGGCUGAGGUCAUCAAGGGGUUGGGAACUGUACUGGCCAGAACCGAGCAGUAUCUGGCACCUGGUGUUUGAGGGGGAGGUGAGGCAAGGGAGGAAGGGCAACUCGAGGAAUG